AUGCUACAUCCUUCUGCACCGCCAAGUAGAUUAGACGUUAAUGAUAAUUUGGUGGAUUUAGAUUGCCAAUUUCAGCAGAUGAUUGAAGAAUUAUCCGAAAAUAAUUAUAAUCAACUAGUUGAUUUGGUCUCAACUAAUUAUUUCCCUUAUAACUUUGCAAUGGCAAUGUUCACUUCAGAGUUUGUUACACUUGUUGAACGUUUUCCACAAAAAAACGAUCUUUUUGCAAAAUUAUUAAUUGAAUUAGAUGAAAAGUAUAAAAAUUACUUGGACAGCAAUAAUACCAAUCUUGAAAUACAUGAAAAAUGGAAAAGAACUCAUCCCGAACAUUACGAUCUUCAAAUUCAGUAUCCAUUGCUUUUUGAAGUAUGUUUACAAGGUCUUUACAUGCCAAGACUUAUACUUACAUUAAGUGAAAUGCUCAAAAAUAAAAGCGAAAAUACAUUUGAUCCUUUAAUUAUUCAAUUAAAAUCAAAUCCUGCGAAAUCUUUUGAUAGCAAAAGGUUUGACAAAGAGAGUGGAUACGAAAUCAACUCUAUACCAUAUUAUAUCUAUAAAGAUGAUGACGAAAAUCUCAAAAAACUAGGAAAUGAAAUUAAUUUUAAUCAAGUUCAAAUUAAAAAUGCAUAUAAUCAUCCAAAGCGUCUAUCAGUUGACACGACUCCUUUGAACAUAACUUAUCUUGCUUUGGCAGCAAAAUUAGGUUCAAAGAAAUGCUUUGACUAUUUGAAAAUGAAAACUACAAAUAUUGACCAUAUAACAGUAAAACUAUCAAUCGAAGGAGGAAAUGAUGAAAUUUUCCAAGAACUUUAUGAAAUAUAUAAGAAAAAAUCCAAAAUUCCUGAAGAAAAACCAGAAAAAGUACCAGAAAAAGAUCAAAAAUCAUCUACAGAACCACCUCCAGCUAGAAAAAGAAAGAUAUCUUGUGCAGAUUUGAUUCCAAAUAAACAAAUCCAAAAGAAACAAGAAAAUAUUGAUCUUGAUAGCAAAAUCAUGCAUUAUGCAAUCAAAAUGCACAGAUACAGGUAUUUUGAGAUGUUUUUCGACAAAUUAGAAAAAUUUGAUGAUAAAAUUUUGAGUAUUGCAUGCCUUUCUAACAAUGUUAGAGUGGCAAAGCGCAUUAUUGAGAAAUAUCCAGAUAGUAUUGACUAUCCAAAGUCAGAUGAUCCAGUAAAUAUUAGUUAUACGAAACCAUUACAUCGCGCGCUUCAAGCGAAUAGUAAUUCAUGCGCAUUAUUAAUAUUAAAUAGCCGCAGGAAUGAUAAAGAUCCGAUUGUAGAGCAACCAGCGACGAAUCGCAGUAAACCUUUGAAUUGGUCGGCAGGAUGGAAUAACUACGAAUGUUCUAGAGUACUUAUAGAGCGUGGAGCAUUGGUUGACUUCGAAAGAGGCAGACAACCAUUGAUGAGCGCUGCAGGAAAAGAUUAUUUUGAUAUCGUCGAACUUUUAUUGGAACACAAGGCAAAUGCAAAUAGUGUUGACUACAAAGGCUCAACUGUAUUGCUCCAAGCUGUGGAAAACAAAUGCUGGAGGUCAACUUAUUUAUUAUUAAAAGCUGGAGCUAAUAUCGACUUCCAACACACAGUUACAGGCUUAUCAGCACUUCAUAUCGCUGUUAAGAACGAUUCUGUUGAAUGUGCGGCUCUUUUAUCCAUUUUUGGAGCCAAUCCUUUAUUGAAGGACAAAAAUGGUGAAACUGUUCAGUACUACUUGACAUCCAAAUAUGAAAAGAAUGAAGGAAUGCCAAGAAUGCACCAAAUCCUGAAUUUUACCUUUGAUUAUCAGGAGAAUAGAAAACUCCUCAAAGAAUUAGGUUUCACUGAUGAAGAGUUACCUCAUAGAGGACCUAAUAUUAUAGAAUAUCCUGAUAUAUUACCAGAUGUCUGA